AUGCUGCCGUCGCGAUGGUGCCAAGCUCAUUCUUUUAUGGCAUACACGGCCGCCUCCACUCUCUUCCUCGUUUGCCGACCAGCAAUCUGGGCCUAUCCGACACUCCCCUCCAACUCAGCUCCACUCCUUUCUGCCAAGCUCAUCGUCUCUCUGGCUCUUCUUCACUUUUUCUUUCCUUCUCUUCGACUAUCUCCUUUCCUCAUUUCUUCGCUCCUUUGCAUCGCUUCUUUUCGUCUCUUAUUCUCCUCACUUCUUCGUGCCUUGCCUUCGUUCGUCUCGGUCUUGAAAGCCGUAACGACGUUGCCAGCGCGUGAAUGGGCCGGCAUGCAAAGUGAUGCAUGGCGAAACGCCUGGACGGGGUCGUACCAGAUGACCUGCCCCCUGAUUCUGGCCAGAAUAGAUAAACGGGAAUCAAGAAGUCCGGCCAGAGUGGCUGGUUGCAAUUUAGUACCUUUCGCGUGGGCUGCCGAUCAUUCGGCCGACCUCACGUUUUAG